AUGGCGGCCAUCAACCCUGCCCCGGGCGCCAUGCCCUCCGACAAGAAGGCCGACCCCUUCGACACCCCGGCUCCGGGUAUCUUGCAGUCACAAUCCGAGGAGGAAGUGGGCGAGGUCCGGCCCACAGUCGAGAUGAACGACUACGAGAAGCAGAAGGUGGCCGAGGGCGAGGCGCAUUUCCACCGACUCGGCUGGAAGCGUCUCACCAUCGUGCUGAUCGUGACGGCGGUUGCCCUGGGGAGCCUCAGUCUUCCGGGCGCGUUCGCGACCCUCGGUAUGGUUGCCGGCGUCAUCCUCACGGUCGGGAUCGGCCUCGUUGCCUUGUACGCCAGCUUCGUUAUCGGCCAGAUGAAGCUCAAGUACCCGCAUAUCUCGCACUACACCGACGCUGGCCGCAUGAUGUUUGGCAACAUUGGCUACGAGAUCGUCAGCUUCAUGUUCAUCAUGCAGCUCGUUUUUACCAUCGGCUCGCACGUCUUGACCGGCGCCAUCAUGUUUGGGAAUCUCUCGGACAACGGCGCCUGCACCAUCGUCUUUACCGUUGUCUCGGCAAUUCUCCUGUUUCUCGUCGCCAUCCCGCCCAGCUUUUCCGAGAUGGCCAUCCUUGGCUACAUUGACUUCGCGUCCAUCAUCGCCGCCAUCUUCAUCACCAUCGUUGCCACUGGUGUGCGUGCCAGCGAGCUGCCUGGCGGUGUCGCGUCCGUGGAGUGGUCUGCAUGGCCGAAGGAGAAUUUGUCGCUGGCCGAAACCUUCAUCGCCAUCACCAAUAUCGUGUUCGCCUACAGUUUCGCCCUGUGCCAGUUCAGCUUCAUGGACGAAAUGCACACGCCCCAGGACUUCGACAAGGCGAUCUUGUCACUCGGCAUCUUCGAAAUCUUCCUCUACACAAUCACAGGCGCCCUGGUCUACGUCUUUGUAGGCCCGGACGUCAAGUCACCCGCCAUAUUGUCGGCCGGCCCCGUGGUGUCCAAAGUGGCGUUCGGCAUCGCGAUCCCCGUCAUCUUCAUUUCGGGAAGCAUCAACACGACCGUGGUGGCGCGCUACAUCCACGGGCGCGCCUUCAAGAACUCCAUCAUCCGCUACGUCAACACCCCGAUGGGCUGGGCUACGUGGAUUGGCCUGGACGCCGCCAUCACGCUGCUGUCGUGGGUCAUUGCCGGCGCCGUGCCCUUCUUCUCGGACCUGCUGGCGAUCUGCUCGUCGCUGUUCAUCUCGGGCUUCACCUUCUACUUCCCGGCCAUCAUGUGGUACAUGUUCAUCAGGGAAGGGAAAUGGUUCGAGCGCAAGAAUUGGCUUCCCGCGGCCGCCAAUGCCUUGUCGUUUAUCGUCGGCAUCACCGUGCUUGGUGUAGGGACUUACUCUUCUAUCUGGGAUAUUUUGCUUGCAGGCACUGGCAGCCCGGCCGCUGCGCAGUCUUUUUACGAUAGAGAGAUAGACCUUGACGAUUCAUGUGUUGGAGAGCAUUGCCAGGAGUAG